AUGCCCGCGGCGGAUUCUUUCACGCCGCUCUUCAACGUCCCGGCGCCGUCCCACCAGCGCCACUGCAACGCCCUGGCGCCGUCUCACCAGCGCCACUGCAACGCCCUGGCGCCGUCACACCAGUGCCACGGCAACGCCCUGGCGCCUAACCAUCGAGUUCAGGAGUGCAGAAAAUCUGGAACUUGCAGAAUCGACAAUUGCGGAAAACGGCAUCAUUCACUUCUGCAUCCAGAACAGGAGAGCUACAGUAGAGCUACUAGUUCAACAGCAAGAGAACCAGUUGAGAGUGCUAGAACUACAACUAGUGCUGAACCAAUAGUUUCCUGCUUAUCAACUCAAAGGAGCACUAGUAGAGGACAGGUUUUACUUGCAACAGCAUUAGUAAAAACCGAGUCUGAAACUGGAGAUCUAAAUAUUAGGGCACUAAUAGAUCAAGGGUCACAAGCCUGUUUCAUAACCGAAUCAGCUGUGAAACGGUUACAGCUCAAAAAGACUGCAGACAUCAAAGUCAAACAGAACAACAAGGUCAAUCAAGACAACAAGAUCAAACAGAACAACAAGGUCAAACAGGACAGCAAGGUCAAACAGGACAACAAGGACAAACAUAGAUCAGUUAUACAGUCUCACUAG